GGCUGCACUCCAGACCGGCGGCUCUGGCACUUGGCUCCCAGCCGGGGACGAUGCGCCGCUGCUGGAGCUGCCCUCGCCAGCGACCACGGGGCUCGCCGCGCUUCUUGCUGCUGCUGCCACUUGUUCUUGUGUCUCCCCUGGCAGCAGCCGCAGCGGGCCCGGGUGGCUGUGACAACAUAUACCAGGGUUUUGCACAGUGUCUCAUCCGCCUGGGAGACGGCAUGAGUCGCGGAGGCGAGCUGGAGACUGUCUGCAGGUCCUGGAAUGAAUUCCACACCUGUGCUUCACAAGUCCUGUCGGGCUGCCCGGAGGAGGCAGCAGCCGUGUGGGAGUCGUUACAGCAAGAAGCUCGGCGGGCCCCGCAUCCGGAUAACUUGCACGCCCUGUGCAGCGCCUCGGUGCGUGUGCGUGAGCACGGCGCAGGCCCAGAGACCAACCAGGAGACUCUGCGGGCAUUUACACCUGCAGCCGCCGCAGCCCCCACCCCCUGGCUGCUCGCCGCUGGCCUGGCGCUGGCCUGCCUCCUGGGGCCUCUGGCCUAACCAUGUCCCACACCUUCAGCUCUGCUCUGCCGCUGCCUUCAGGGCUCUGUAGAGCAAUUCGGGCUUUCAUUAAAGGUAUUUAUAUUUGU